AACCAUUUCUUUCUCUCUCAACAUUCUAACCUUCCUCUCUCAGUUUCCUUCGCUGAUUCCUUUUCUCACAAAAAUAAAACCCUAAUUUUUUUCCAAUUUGUUUGUCUCACUUAUCUUCCAUUUCUUUCUUUCGAUUCUCUCAGAAAUGAGAAAAAGAGAGGUUUAUUGAUGGUGGUGUUGGAUGCAGGUGGCGGUUGCGGAGGAGGAAGCUUUAAUCGGCGGUGAAAAAAAAUCUCGGUAAAUUCGACAUCUCAAAGAAGGUUUUGUUGUUUAAAGUUGAAGGUUUGGGUCUGAUGAGAAUUAUUAGGGGAAUGCAGAGAUCGUUUUGUUGCGAGGAUCUGAAGAAAUCGUUCAGCAAAGGCAUUGGAAUCACUGCGCCCAAGGCAAGAACACGCGAUAAACCGUUCGAGGGUAGGGUUUUGGUUCACUGAGGUGCUUAAAACGCCAUCGUGUUUGGUGGCUUGUUCGGGUGAUUAGUUUACCAUGACUCGUAUUUUGGUUCAGCGUGGUUCUUCGGGUGGUGGUACUUCUCAGAACCCUAACCCUAACCGUGCUGGGUCUUCGUCCGUUCGGCCCGAGCAGGGUGCACAGGUUAAUCCGCCUGCUAAGGAUGAGGAAAGUGAAGAAGAAGCACCUGGACUUGUUGUUGGUGAUGAGCUUUUGGAGUAUGCUGGGACUAGUGAUUGUAACAGGGCAAAAAGUGAUGAUCCAUUUAUGGAAAGUCUUCAUUUGGAGCAGAGUGAUACUUCGUUAGGCAAUGAAGUAAUUGCUGAUCCUGGGAAAGAUGUUAAAGAAGAGGUUGAGGGUCCUCAAGAAUUGAUAAGAGGGUUGAGUGGAGAAAGAACUGUGAUUGAGUAUGAGGACAUGUGUGAGGAUUCAGCUGUUAGUGUUGGUGGUGGUGGUAGUUCACAUCCUCCACCUCCUCCUGUUCCACCUCCAAAGCCUUUAGCAACUAACUUAAAUUCAAGAAGAACUAUAUCAGGGUCUCCCAAUGCUGUUAAUGUAGGAUCACCUAGGAGAACAUCUGUGUGGCCUGUUGUUUCGGCUAGGACUUCACCUGCUGGGUCUCGACCUUCGUCUCCCAGGGCUCAUAAUGAAAGUGAGGGGUAUAAUAGUGCUGAUGAACAGAUUCCAUGCUUUGUGUCCUCUUAUGACGAUGUUGAAAGAGAGCGACAGUUUGAAAUUGAUAUUAGAAGGGUAAAAGGCUAUGAAGUAAAAAGAAUGAUGGAGGAUGGGAAUUGCCUUUUUCGUGCUGUAGCCGACCAAGUGUAUGGAGACUCAGAAUUGUAUGAUUUGGUCAGACAGAUGAGCAUAGAUUAUAUGGAGCGCGAGAGAGAUCACUUUUCUCAGUUUAUAACAGAAGGUUUCACCUCAUACUGUAAGAGGAAGAGAAGAGAUAAGGUUUAUGGCAACAAUGCUGAGAUCCAAGCCAUGUCUGAAAUGUAUAAUCGACCUAUUCAUAUAUACUCCUACUCCACAGAGCCUAUAAAUACAUUUCAUGGAAGCUAUAACACUGAUACACCACCAGUACGCCUGAGUUAUCAUCAAGGUAACCAUUACAACUCCCUUGUUGACCCGCGGCGCCCAACAAUUGGUGCAGGGCUUGGAUUCAGCUCUCUUCGUGGGAUGAAUGUUGACAAAGAUAAAGUCAAGGCUGCUAUUAAAGCUCAGCAAGACCAACAAAUUGAUAAUGCACUUUUAGCUGAGGGGCGGUUUUACUCUGAUCUUGAGCUCACAGAGAAGGAAAUUGAGCGAGCUGUGAUGGAAGCUUCUCGGGCUGAAUAUCUUGCUGGUGGUACAUUUAAGCAACAACUUGGCAAUAGAGAGUCGUCUACAUCAACUGCUGAGCCAUCUUCUUCUGGAGCAACAGGAUCGUCUGGUAGUGAUCCCAAGAUGGAACGCGGGAAAGAGAAUGAUUCUGAUCUUAGCAGCAGCAGCAGCAUGAAUAUGGUACUAUCGAUGGGAUUUAGUUACCUACAAGCUAUUGAGGCAUACAGCAUAUUUGGGGAUGAUGUUGAUUCUAUGGUUUGUUACCUGUUGGAAACUGGCAGCAGUAGUAGACGGAAAGGAAAGGCUACUGAGUGACAAGAGAACAAGUUCCGAUAAAAUAAAAUUUGGAACGUUAGUAUUCAAUUGUCAUCCAAGUCAAAUAAAUCAAUAUCUUGUAUUUACUUGCUCUAGUAUAUUUUCGUAUCUCACGUCUUUACUAAUGUGGUAGAAAACAAAUUUGAGCAAAUAUAUGAUUUAGUUUGCUAGUGCAAUCCGAAGUUGAUAAAUAAUGAGAUUUUCGCAACAUUUUUCAA